AUGACGAGCCCCGGGAGCAUCAAAGAUGUACAACGGCUCACCGGGAAGCUCACGGCUCUAUCCCGGUAUCUCGGAGCCUCGGCUGAAAGGGCCAUUCCAUUCUUCAACUUGAUGAAGAAAGGAAUCACCUUUGAAUGGACCCAGGAGUGCGAAGAGGCAUUCAACCAUUUCAAGAGGAUACUCUCAGAACCCCCUGUGCUCAGCAAACCCAGAGAAGGCGAGCCCUUGUACCUGUACUUGGCCGUGACCAUACAAGCAAUGGCAGCAGUCCUAGUUAGGGAGGAGGACAAAACCCAGCGCCCAAUAUACUUCAUCAGCAAAACACUUCAAGGGGCAGAGACGAGAUAUACCAAGUUGGAAAAGCUAGCCUACGCCCUAUUGGUUUCAUCAAGAAGACUAAAACAAUACUUCCAAGGGCACACAAUCAUCCUGAGAACCGACCAAGCCAUCCGACAAGUCCUCCAAAAACCCGACCUGGCGGGAAGAAUGAUGGCAUGGGCAGUGGAACUAUCCCAAUAUGACUUGCGGUAUGAACUAAGGCAAGCAAUCAAAGCCCAAGCCAUGGCAGACUUUCUCGUUGAAGUCACAGGAGAAGCCCCCGACGUACCGAGCACACGGUGGAGGCUCCACGUUGACGGAGCAUCCAACCAAACGUUCGGAGGGGCCGGGAUCAUCCUCGAAAACUCGGUAGGAGUAGCAUAUGAACAAUCCAUCAAGUUCGAAUUUCCGGUCUCAAACAACCAAGCCGAGUAUGAAGCUUUGAUUGGAGGGUUAAUGCUGGCCAAAGAGGUCGGAGCAUCAAGAGUAGAAGUGAGCAGCGACUCCCAAAUCGUCACUUCCCAGGUAAACGGCAGCUACCAAGCCAGGGACGCACUGCUACAAAAAUACUUGGAAAAAGUAAGAGAACUAUGCAAAAGCUUCGAAGAAGUCACAAUCCAGCACGUUCCCAGGGAAAGGAACGCCCGAGCCGACCUCCUCUCCAAGCUCGCAAGCACCAAACCCAACACGGGGAACAGAUCUCUGAUCCAAGGGCUAGCAACGGAACCUGCGAUCAUCAUGUGCAUGGCUCAAGCACCAAACCCGCCCUCAUGGAUGGACCCUAUCUCCCGAUAUCUGGAGCACGCAGAAGCACCUCCCAACCAAAAAGAGGCGGAGUUUGUCAAAAAGGAAGCUCCAAAAUACACAAUCAUACAGGGGCAGCUAUACAAGCGAGGGCUCCACCAACCACUACUAAAGUGCUUAUGCCCCGACCAGACGGACUACGUCCUAAGGGAGGUACACGAAGGGUGUUGUGGUCACCACAUCGGGGGAAGAUCUCUAGCAAGAAAAAUCAUCAGGGCGGGAUACUACUGGCCCACAAUGAUGUCAGAUGCCCAGAAAUUCGUGAAGAAAUGUAAAAAGUGCCAGGAGAAUGCCAACUUCCACAAAGCACCUCUCGAGGAGCUCAAUAUAAUGAUGGCCCCCCGACCUUUCGCCCAAUGGGGAGUCGACCUCCUAGGACCAUUCCCACCAAGACCCGGGCAGGUGAAGUACUUAAUAGUGGCCAUAGAUUAUUACACCAAGUGGGUAGAAGCAGAACCACUAGCCAGCAUAUCCGCAGCGAACUGCCAAAAGUUCAUGUGGAAACAAGUGGUCACAAGGUUCGGGAUACCGAAAACCGUCAUAUCGGACAACAGGACCCAAUUCACCGACAAGAAGUUCAAAGGGUUCUUAGAAGGACUAGGGAUUAAGCAAAAGUUCUCCUCAGUCGAACACCCUCAAACCAACGGCCAAGUCGAAGCAGCCAACAAAGUUAUUCUAAAGGGGCUAAAAAAGCGACUCGAGGGAAAGAAAGGCUCAUGGGCAGAGGAACUAGCCCCAGUACUAUGGUCAUACAGGACCACCCCCCCAAUCAUCCACCGGAGAAACCCCCUUCCGACUCACAUACGGGGUCGACGCUGUCAUCCCAGUCGAGGUCGGGGAACCAAGUCUGAGGCUGCUCCUCGGAGGGGGGAGCGAGGCAGUUGA